AUGGGAAAUUCUCAGAAAACAUUUUUCUCUUUCCAAACCUACGAAAGCUCAAUGUACAGGGAAAUUUGGAACUCACAGGGACCAAUUCCAGGAUCAGUUUAUGAACUCCAGAACCUAACAGACUUGGUGCUUUCAUCAAAUAACUUAAGUGGUGUAGUGGAGUUAGAUAAGCUGCUUAAGCUAAAACAUUUGUCCUACCUUGAUCUCUCAUAUAAUGGUCUCUCAUUGAACAUCAACAAUAGUGUCAACUCUAUUUUUCCCUACUUUGACACGAUAAGAUUAUCUUCUUGCAACUUAAGCGAAUUUCCAAAAUUCUUGAGAGAACAUGCCGGAUUGCGUUCUCUAGACCUUUCAAACAACAAAAUUCAUGGUGAAGUUCCAAAGUGGAUAUUCGAUGUGGGGAAAGAUUCAUUGUAUGAUUUAAAUCUUUCUCAUAAUUUCCUCACCAGUUUAGAGCAUCUUCCAUUGAAAAAUCUAAGAUCAAUUGACCUACACUCCAACUUGCUCCAAGGAUCACUCCCUCUUCCACCAAACACCACAGAUUUCUUCUCUAUCUCGGACAAUAAAUUGAUAGGAGAAAUAACUCCAUUGAUUUGCGGUCUUUCACUUGCAGUUCUUGAUGUGUUUAAUAACAGUUUGAGUGGCUUGAUUCCACAAUGUUUGGAAAACUUAAGCAAUUUUCUCUCGGUGUUGAAUGUAGGGAACAAUAUAUUUCGUGGUACCUUUACUACAACAUUUACAAAAGGAAACAUGCUAAGGAAUCUUAACUUAAAUGGCAACCAAAUUAAAGGACAAGUUCCACAAUCUUUGCUCAAUUGUAGACACUUGGAAGUUCUAGAUCUUGGAGAAAGCAAGAAAAAUGAUACAUUCCCCCACUGGUUGGGAACUCUUCAAAACUUGCAGGUUCUUGUCUUGAGAUUUAAUACGUUUCAUGGUCAAAAAGGCACAUUCAAGACCAAGGCCAAACAUCUUUUCCCUAAGUUGAGAAUUAUCGACAUAUCUUGCAAUGAAUUCACUAGCCAUUUGCCAACAAAUUAUAUCAAACAAUUUGGAGCUAUGAUGAAUGUAGGCCACAUUCCAAUUUCACUUGGAAAUUUGAAAAACCUUGAAUCAUUGGAUCUUUCCUCAAACACGUUUGUUGGGGAGAUUCCUCAGCAAUUGAAAAGUUUGAUGUUUCAUGAGGUACAAAGCCUUUCAGACAACCAACUAGCAGGGCCAAUUCCUCAAGGGAGCCAGUUUAAUACAUUUGGAAAUGAUUCAUACAGUGGAAACUUGGUCUUAUGUGGAUUCUCUUUAUCAAAGAAAUGUAAGGAACUACAGCCACUGCCACCUCCACCAACACUACAACAAGACGAGAAUUUAGACAGCUCAAGCGGAUUUAACUGGCAAGUUGUAGUGUUGGGGUAUGGAUGUGGAUUUGUAUUUGGAAUGGUUGUUGGAUAUCUUAUGUUUGGACCAAUUCCAGGAUCAGUUUAUGAACUCCAGAACCUAACAGACUUGGUGCUUUCAUCAAAUAACUUAAGUGGUGUAGUGGAGUUAGAUAAGCUGCUUAAGCUAAAACAUUUGUCCUACCUUGAUCUCUCAUAUAAUGGGAACAAUAUAUUUCGUGGUACCUUUACUACAACAUUUACAAAAGGAAACAUGCUAAGGAAUCUUAACUUAAAUGGCAACCAAAUUAAAGGACAAGUUCCACAAUCUUUGCUCAAUUGUAGACACUUGGAAGUUCUAGAUCUUGGAGAAAGCAAGAAAAAUGAUACAUUCCCCACUGGCCACAUUCCAAUUUCACUUGGAAAUUUGAAAAACCUUGAAUCAUUGGAUCUUUCCUCAAACACGUUUGUUGGGGAGAUUCCUCAGCAAUUGAAAAGUUUGAUGUUUCAUGAGGUACAAAGCCUUUCAGACAACCAACUAGCAGGGCCAAUUCCUCAAGGGAGCCAGUUUAAUACUUUUGGAAAUGAUUCAUACAGUGGAAACUUGGUCUUAUGUGGAUUCUCUUUAUCAAAGAAAUGUAAGGAACUACAGCCACUGCCACCUCCACCAACACUACAACAAGACGAGAAUUUAGACAGCUCAAGCGGAUUUAAUGGCAAGUUGUAG